UUCACUUGAGGCGCACGCAGAUGCAAGCCCGCCUACACUUUAUCCGUCAACUCCAACGGUAGCGAAUCACAGCCUGCGCUGCCCGAAGACGCUCUCUCGAACCGGCCUGUCAUUAUAUCGCCCCGCACAGUACCACAGUAUGGGGGACUACUCGUACCAUUCGUUGGCGACCAUGGGGCAGGGUCGCUGGCGGCGGCCACUCUUUAUCGCGAUACCGAUUGUGCUGCUGCUCGUCAUCUACAGCUCGAGCUUCACAUAUACACCGAACAGCGCGACAGAAACCCAAUUGAACUUCCCAUCCACGCACACGUCACCGCUCGGCGAAGAUGAUCUUUCCACGUCCGCCAUUAUUAAAGCUCUCUACGGCCCCAUCCUACAUCCGGUCGACGCCGCGAACUUCACCGACGAAGACGGCGAUGUGUACCACCUACAUGACACACCGAAGUUUACAAAGAAGCUGGGAAAGAAGGUGCUUAUCUUGGACAUCGACAGCAGGCCGCUCACUGGUGAGGGCCAGCUCAUGAGCAAGGAACUGAAAUGGAAGGGCAUGCGGCCUCUCGCUGCAGGCAUGCUCAGCCAUUACAUGUUCGCCGCCAUCCAUGGCUACGACUACCGUUUCAUCCGCGCACCAGACUACGUCGAUCGUUGGGGCACCUGGGUCAAAGUGCCCCUGAUGAAGGAGGCUCUUAAGACGCACGACUACAUCGUCUUCAUGGACUCAGACGUCAUGUUCCACUACCCGCAUCUGCCGCUCGAGUGGCUGUUGAACUACUGGAACAUGACCGACGACACCCUUGCCAUGAUGUCCAUCGAUCCCAACGAGCCGCAGAACUACGAUGCUAAGGGCAACCGCUAUCUCAACACCGGCUUCGUCAUCGCCCGCCAGAGCCCGCGCACGCAAGAGAUGUACAAGGCCUGGGCCGAGUGCCCGUCCGAGACAAAAUACAAGGGCUGCGCACGGUGGAAGCAGGACUGGGCGCACGAGCAGGCUGCUUUUGGCAACUAUCUGCGCUAUGAUUACGAUCGGCCAGACGACAUUCGUGUUCUCCCCUGCGUCGAGGCGAAUGGCGCGCCCGAGGCCGAGAGCCGUGGUGGAUGCAAGGGCGUCUUCGUCAGGCACUUCUGGGUCGACAAGAACCUCGUUGCUAAGAAUCUGGCGGAGACGGUCAUGCAGUCCUUUUUACCCAGACUCCAUCAGCUGUAUAUGUCGACGGCGAGCGAACACAUCGUCGAUGCGAAGGGCUUCAAGCUGGAAGGCGCAGAAUUGGUCGAAUUAACAGAAGAGGAGAAGGAGACUCGAAAGAAGGAGGGCGUCAAAAAUCAAAAGGACGAAGGCUUUUAGACGAGCUGCGCGCUCGGUCAGACACAUCAUCCCGGACGUACAGACUUUGCGCCAGAGAGCGCGUUGCACAGCAGCCAUCACGCAGGUCUGGGCAGGAUCCCAACCCUCCCGCGGCUGAAA